AUGUCAUGCUUCGGCCUGGAGGCUUACAACCAGAACCAGUCUGAGGGAGAUGUGGAUGAAGAAAGUGUGAUUCUAACGCUGGUCCCAUUUACUGAGGAGUCAACCACAGAAUAUCCUACGGAAUCAAAUGUUUCUUCAGUCAUAGACCACAAACCACCAGCCCGUUCUCUGGUGAGGUAUGAGGGAAUCAAACACCCAACAAGAACCAUACCGAGCACCGCUCCUCCACGCACUCUGCCUCCUAUUAAUAAUGUGUCCCGGAACGAGCUUCGGGAGUGGUGUCGUUAUCUUAACUUGAGUACAGAUGGCAAGAAAGUUGAGGUUUAUGUGAGACUUCAGAAGCAUUCAUAUGCUAAACAAGAAUGUUAUAUUCCUAACACAUCUCGUGAGGCCAGACUGAAGCUGGGUCCCAAGAAAUCUAAGAUAGUCUUCAGAGGAAUCGGGCCUCCCAGCAGCAGCAAAAGUCAGAAGCAGGAGAGCGGUAUCCUGGAAAUUGUAUCUUCACCUAACGUUUCCACACUUGCAGCCUGGUCGAGAAUUGCCAGGAGAGCUUCUCUGUCCAUGUCUGCGAAUCGAUGUCCUCUUCUCUCUAAUGUGGAGGCCUUUCUGCCAGAAACCACUGGAUUCAGAUGGUGUGUUGUCCAUGGCAGGAAGUGCCCUGCAGAUAAGAAAGGCUGGGUUCGCCUGCAAUUUUACGCUGGUCAGACCUGGGUUCCAGACACUCCCCAAAGGAUGAAUUUUCUCUUCCUGUUACCAUCCUGUGUUAUCCCAGAACCAGGAAUAGAAGAUAAUUUGCUAUGUCCAGAAUGUGUUCACAGCAACAAGAAGAUCAUGAGAAACUUUAAAAUUAGAAGCCGUGCAAAGGAAAAUGCCGUACCUCCAAAUAUGCCGCCUUAG